AUGGGAACCGUACUUUCAACAUUUUCCAACGAAGAUUCAUCACAAUAUCCGGUACAUUCAUCUAGAAGACCAUUAAGUGAUGUGCAUAAAACAAAAGAAUUCAAGUGUUACAUUCCAUCUACACCACAUAAUGAACCUUAUGAUGAAUACAUUGAUCAACAGGAAUCAAUCAAUAAAAAUUUGAAUUUUGACCAAAAUGGUGAAGCUUUAACAAUACAAAAGGAAUAUGAAUAUAUUUCUGGCAAUCGUUAUACAGAAUCAGAUAAAACUCACAAUCCUGCAAAUAUGUUUGGCUUAAAACGAUUCUUAUUCUCUGGUUUAUCACGUAAAACAAAAAUGUCUGUUAGUAAUGGGAUCAUUCCAAGUUUAAGAACCCCAGAUAAUCGAAUUCAUAGACUAUCUGUUAAAUCUGAUGGAAAAAAUACUGUUCAUGGUCGUGGGGAUCAAAUGAAAGUUUUAGUUAAUUCAAAAAAUCACUCAACGAUUGAAAUCCCGUUUUUUUACUGUCAUCAACAAAAGGAACAUCUUGAAGAAGAUUCAACAAAGUUAAUUAAUAAUAUACAGAAUAUUCAAUUAGACAAUCUUCAAUUAAAUCCUAUAUCUUCCUCAUCAUAUUGUGAUACAUCAGUUCCAAAAGAAGUUUCUCAAUUUGAAACUUUAGGAAUAACACAAAGUCCUUGUCAUUUUGAAUCCAGAGAUAUUAUGAAUGAUAGUGUUAGCCAGGAGUAUCGUUCAUCGGGUCAAAACUCCCUAACAGACUUUAAAUCAGUUUAUCGGAAAGAUUUUAUAAUUCACCACGAUACUACUACUAAUACUACUAUUAAUAAACAUCAUAAACAAUUAUCUGAACCAAAUUCCCGAUUGAGACAUCGUUAUUCUCACUGUUUAUCUACAGAGUUUAAUCGAAAAUGCUGUGCUACACACCAUCAUAACAAUGAUAUUAUUGGUAAUACCAUGCCAUAUACACCUAGCCUUGUUGAUUUAAGGUGGGUUGCAAGAUCUAAAGGUUCAAAUAUCAAACAUUCAAACGAACAGAUUUAUGUAAGUAAUUCACCUUAUUCACUGAUAGAAAAUAACUCUACUGUGCAAAGUUGUCAGAAUAAUAAAGAUUACUUUUAUAUACCUACGUCUACAAUAUCAGAAAAAUCGUCUAAACAGCUUUCAACAUUCAACGAUAAUUCAUCUCCAGUGGACACUUAUCCAAGAGAAUAUCACCAUCCUAAUCCCACACAUCAUAACUAUCACCAAUAUCAAAAUAAUCAAUUGAUAGUAGAACACAUUUCACAGAAUGUCACUGAUACUUCACCGAGUACACGUAGUUGUUCGUUCGAUAUGCGUUUUCCCCUAUACAAUCAUCAUGAUAAUCAGUCAGAUAAACGAAACUCCUCUUUGUGUACUGUUAGAGAUAAUUAUGCUCCAAUUUUUAUACCACCGAAUACUUCUACACUCUCUGAAAGUAAUAAUAUUAAAAGCUUUAAUUUAUCUUGUGUACAUAAUUGUUUAUCAGCUCAAAUGUUUGAAAUCCCUGACAAUAAUACACAAUACAACUACCAAAAUGAAACAAACAAAAUUGAAGAACAAUUAUCAAGUAAAUUCGAUAGACGUUUAACUGAAUAUGGUAUAGAUUUAACAAUUCCAUCAUCUCCUAUUCAUGUCCAACGUAAGAUCAAUGGAAUGGGAUUUGAUAAAUAUCGAAAUAUUACAAAAUCAAUAUCAUGUUAUGCUUUAAAACUUUUCACACAUCAUAAUAACAAUCAUCUUUAUCAACAAAAGUAUAAAAAAAGUUCUGUCGAGUCAACCACAAUGACAAAAUCAUUUUUUCGAACAAAUCACAUCAUUUAUGAUCGAAAAAUAUUUAAAGUACGCUCUGAUAAGAAAAUGAAUGAUCGUAUGAAAAAGAAUUCUUUUGUUAGAGAUGUUGAAGAAUUAAAAAGAUAUAAUCAACAAUUUGAAGAAAGUAAUACAGUUGCUAUGACAACUACAGCUAUGACAACACCACCACCAACAACAACAACAAAACCAACAAGUGCGAUGAAUAACAAUAAAAAAAAUAGUCUUAUCCCACAAUAUUAUAGAACUGAUGCUCAAUCAACAGAUUGUAUCAAGUGUUUUAAUCAUCAUAAAAGUAUUGGGAAACUAGAUGGAAUUAAUGGAAUGUUUGAAAAUCUAAAAUCUGAUCAUAAACUUGAUCGAUACUAUAAUAUGAAACAUCUUAAUCAUGACAAUCAUUGUUAUUACGAUACAUCUAUGUUGCAAACAAGUUGGAGACGAGGUGAAGUGAAGAAAGAUCAACACCAGUCAGGAAGUGGCAAGUCUAUUAAUAAUAUUUCUACGACUACUAAUACUACUACUACUAAUACUACUGCUACAGCGCCUCAUGUUUAUACUUUAUUUCGGCAACCGAUAUUUAAAGCAAGUACAAGUGAAUUAUUAAAAUGUUUAUCUAUUUUUAUCGUUGCACGUAUACAAAUGAAUUUACUAGAAAAUUCAAAUCAUUUACAUAAUUCUGAUUUACAUGGUAUUCAACCAGCAAUUAUUGUUGCAUGGAUUCGAGCUAUUGAUCGAGCACUCCUAUUACAAGGUUGGUCUGAAGUAGCAUUCAUUAAUCCAACUCAUAUUGUGUUUCUAUAUAUGAUGUUAAAAAAUUUUAUACAAAAUGGUAACAUACAUACAGAACGUGAAUUGCAUACAAUCAUUAUGGCAUGUCUUUAUUUAGCUUAUUCAUAUGCUGGUAAUGAAAUCAGUUAUCCAUUAAGACCAUUUCUUAUUGCUGAAGCAAAUCAAUUUGUUGCACAUUCAGAAGGUGGAAAUAAAAAGUUAUUAUCAAGUACAAUGCAUGUAUUAACAUCAUCAUCAUCAUCAUCAUCAUCCUCAACAACAACAACAAGUGUAGAGAAUUGUUUAAAAUCAAAAGUAAUUGAUGAAGUACGUAAUCGAUUUUGGCAAUAUGUUAUACGUAUAGUCAAUGAAAAAUCUUCAGAAAUGCUUCGAAUUAAUGCUGAACCAAUAUUAUUUACACAAAUGUUUAAAGAAUUAACUUUAUAUGACAAUAUUGUUAUUGCUAUGAAAUUAUUGUCAAAUCAUAAUUACCAUAUCAACAAUAAGAAUAUCAACAUUGAUGACAAUAAUGAUCGACCUGGAUAA